AUGUCAGUUGAUUAUGCAUCUAAGCUGUCCUACUAUCCCAACAAAGGAGUUUGUGGUCUACCUGAAGUUCUCGAUGACGAUUCCCAACUAGAUUUUAAACUCACUGAACUUGUUAAUUUGGUACGUCGAUCCACCUACAUAGUUGUGCAUACUGGAGCUGGUAUUAGCACAUCAGUGGGUAUACCGGACUUUCGAGGUCCUGGUGGUGUCUGGACGUUGGAGAAAUUUGGAAAGAAGCCUAAACUUUCUAUACCUUUUGAAAAAGUGAUUCCAUCACUAGCACAUCGAGCUCUUGUUGAAUUGGAAAAACAUGAUGUUGUCAAAUUCUUAGUGACUCAAAAUAUCGAUGGGUUGCACUUGAGAUCUGGCUUUCCAAGAGACCGUUUGGCUAUUCUACAUGGUGAUAUGUUUCUUGAAUCAUGUAGUGCUUGUGGAACUUUAUACGCUCGAUCAACACCUUCAGGAUCAGUGGGUUUACGGCAGUCAUCAGUUGUAUGUACCUAUUUGAAACCUAAUAAACGGUGUUGCAGAGGAAAGCUUCGUGAUACUAUUCUUGACUGGGAAGAUGAUCUACCACUCUUAGAUUAUAAUCUCGCAAUAGAACAUUCAAAAAAAGCAGAUCUUCAUAUAUGUAUUGGCUCAUCACUACAAAUGUUCCCUGCUGCUGGUCUUCCUCUUACAAAUGUUUGUAAAACUGUCAAUAACAGAAGUACCAACAACUGUCCUUUCAUUCAAAAUGAUUAUAAAAUUGAGAGUUCAAAGAAUCUUGGAUCAAAACUAGUAAUUAUUAAUCUACAGCCAACAAAAAUGGCUAAAUAUGCAACUUUGAACAUAAAUGCACCGGCUGACUUCGUAAUGAAAGUAUUAUGUGAAAAAUUGAAUAUAUUGGUCCCAUCCAUAUCUCCACUCAAUGAUAGUUUGUAUUCACCAGUAAUUGUUUUGAGGUCAGUGCAUUCCAAUUUAAAAGUACAAUGUCCAUGGCGUAUUCUCCCUCAUCCAACCAAUAAGCAUUCACUUCUCAUCGUUCAAACUAGUAGUCAGUGCAUGGAACUAAAAACAAAAAAGGAUGAUGAAACGAGUUGUUUUCAGUCUGAAAUUGUUCCAAACGAGUCACGCAGUACUGUUUCAUUUCAGUUGUUUAAAUUAGAAUCAACGUCUUGA